GUGUCGGGAGCGGGAAACAAAAGGAGACUAAGGACGCAUGCGUGUAGUGAGUCCCGGAUUCUGGUGGGUCCUUCCGCUCGAUCUUGGUGAAGCGCUUCCGGGUCGCCGCCGGCUGCCGGCUACCGGCGCGAUGAGGAAACUGAGGCCCAAAGAGGUUAAGUGACUUGGCCAAGGUCAAACAGCUAGUAAGUGGUGGACCCAGACUCAAAUCCAGUUUAGGAGCCAUGUCCACCUUGUUUCCCUCACUCUUCCCCCGUGUGACUGAGACACUGUGGUUUAAUCUGGAUCGACCCUGUGUGGAGGAGACAGAGCUGCAGCAGCAGGAACAGCAGCAUCAGGCCUGGCUUCAAAGCAUUGCAGAGAAAGACAACAACCUGAUUCCUAUUGGCAAGCCAGCUUCAGAGCACUAUGAUGAUGAAGAAGAAGAUGAUGAUGAAGAUGACGAGGAUAGUGAAGAAGACUCAGAAGAUGAUGAGGACAUGCAGGACAUGGAUGAGAUGAAUGACUACAAUGAAUCACCUGAUGAUGGAGAGGUCAAUGAGCCUCCUCUCCAGGUGGACAUGGAAGGCAACGAACAGGAUCAGGACCAGUGGAUGAUCUAGGUAGACAAAGCAGGGUGGCUUCAGGGAGAUUUCAGGCCAGCCCAACCUAUCCUGCACGCCCUACCCCUGCCCACAGAACCAGCUGAUGGCCCCAGUGCCUGAAAGUGCUCUUGGGUACCUCCUCAGCUGCUGCCAUGGUCUCCUUGGCUUCUCCCAGGCCAUCAGCUUGCCCAAGGCCUGAGCCCACUCCACCUUCUUGGCGAGUACCUCAGCCCUUGUUUGCCAGGUCUGGUUUGCUUUCUAACUCUUUAAUAAAGACACAGGAGUGAUUUU